AUGCAUUCCAGCUUCAUUCUCGCGGCCCUUGCCCUCGCUCUGCCCGUGUACUCGAGCUCUUCCGGAUAUGUGGGCUGCUACUCUGACGCCGGUUCCUUGAAGAACAAGGGUCCCUUUAGCUACCAAUCCGUCGGAGCCUGUGAACAAUCCUGUGUGCGUGACGGCCACAACGUCAUCGGCCUUACCCGCGGCAACAUGUGCUACUGCGGCGACGCCGUUCCCUCGCAGUCCGCCAAGGUCGACAACGACAAGUGCGACCUGGCGUGUCCUGGAUACCCCGCCGAUAAGUGCGGCGGCACGGAUACCUUUACCAUCUACCAGAUCGCCAAGAAAGACGCAGAAGACUCUGCCUCAGAGGCCUCCUCGACCACCAUGGCACCAAGCGCCGCCACCGCUGCGGGUGGAAUCAUCGUCGCAGCAACUGCAAACUCCGCGCCAAGUGGCAUCGUGACCACGACCUCAUCCAUGAACGCCAAGGUCACCGCACUCGCAUCCAAGUCCGCCAAUGCCGCCUCAACCGCCGCCACAUCUGCCUCUGUUUCAGCCUCACCCACCAACAACGCCGCCGGCACCAUCCAAGUCGGAUCUUCGUUGGUCGGUGCCGUCAUUGCUGGCAUGGGUUUGCUGCUGUAA